ACGGGGCGUUGGUUGAAAGACAUACCAAGUACUAGGCAAUAUAUCAUACAAACAUGGCUGGUGGUGAUUCGAACUGGCGCAUCUAUGCACUCACGGCGCCUUGGAGAAUCGAAUACCCUUGCACCAGACCUCUUUCCUUCCUGCCCCUCUCUCUUCUAUUAUACUUACUUAUCUCCUACUUCUUCUUGCGAUUUACUAAAAGCAUGAUAAUGCCAAUAUUUUGAAAAGGACAGACACGCUGCACAGUAUCACCAAUAUACGGUAGGCAGCACUGCAGCCCGGCCGACCAGACCCCCUUUCGCCAGACACAUUAGUCACCCAUUCCGGGCCCAGCCGAAAGAAAUUCGCAUAGAACCUCGCUACAUCGAAUCUGAUAUGGACAUAAGGAGGAGGGGUAUCAACUUGGGGCGGAACGAUAGGUGGCCGAUUAUGAUAUAAGAAUACCCACAAGAGGCUAUCAAAUGAUGGCAACUCGUUUAAUUUUCCAUACAGCAGCAGUACGAACACAAUUAUUCAAGCGGGCAUUUCUGUUCUAUGCUUCCCACCCAUUCCAACUCGAUUCCUUCGGUAGAGCAUGCUUGUUUUCUUUCUUUCUUUUUUUCUUUCUUUUUUCUUUUCUUUCCCGUCACUGUUACAUCAAGAAAUCUCCAACCGGGAGGUGCCUACGUAUCCGCGAAUAUCUACAAGAACAUAUCCUGUAGUGCGUACAAGCAAG